AUGGUGAAAAUUAUUCUUCUUUUGAUGGUUUCUAUUGGUUUACAAGUGGCUAGUGCAAAUCUAGACGUUGCACUUCAAUCUUUUCUCGCUUCGACUACGGGAAGAAGUUUAGAAGGAAACAAAGCUGAUGCUGUUAAGAAUUUAUACAAGCUGUACAAGAUAGAAUUCAAUCGAAAUUCAAACACAAAGAGCGAUGACAAGCUUCGUUUUAUGUCAUUCAAUAAAACGUUGCAUGACAUUCUUGAUGAUUAUCAAAAAGGUGAAAAAACAUACACUCUUGGACUCAAUAAUCAUGCUGAUUGGACAGAAGAUGAAUGGAAAAUAUUACGUCGUGGUAUUCAAGUGCCUGAAGGCAACAUCAGUGAGACGAAUGUGAGACCAGGUGAACAUUUAUUAACAUGGGACGGAAAGUCAUUACAAGGCAGAACGAUCCCACCGACCUCGUACGACUUAACAAGAAUGGUUGUUCCAGGAACGACUGUGCCAUUUGUUUUACCAAUCAAAGAUCAAGGGCAGUGUGGAUCGUGUUAUGCAUUUGCUUUUAACUCUUUGCUUGAAUUUCAAUAUGCUACUCAAUUGAAGAGAAGCGCCAGUUUGAGCGAGCAACAGAUAGUUGACUGUUCAUCUUAUGAUUAUGGCUGCAAUGGAGGUUACUUUCCUAACACGUUUAGCUAUUUGCAAAAAAAUAUUUAUCAAGUAAACGGUGCUCCAUACUAUCCCUACAAGGCUAAACCUGGACAAUGUGCAUUUAGAAGUGUGAGAGGCGGUGGAGUGAAAUUCGGAUCACUUCGUUACGUUAAUGUUAGAGCAAAUCAUGCUGCUGCCAUGCAACAAGCUCUGGUCAACUACGGACCUUUGUGGGUAUCGCUUUUCGUUGGUAAUCAAAUGACAUCAACGUACAGUAGGAUUUCCUCUAUGUUCAACAAUUACAGAAGUGGUAUUUUUCAACCAAGUGAAUGUCCAACAUCGGUCUACUCAACAAAUCAUGCUGUUACUAUCGUUGGCUACGGAGUUGAUGCGACAACAGGUGUGCCCUAUUGGAAAGUAAGAAAUAGUUGGGGAGCUUGGUGGGGAGAUAGUGGCUAUUUUAAAAUACGACGUGGUGUGAACAUGUGCGGUAUUGAAUCCGGCCCAUUCUACAUUGCAAAAGCAGCCUAA